GGAAUUGUUGUAAUUCCAUUUCCAAUAUCGAUCCAGAGAGCCAUUGCUGCAUUUUGAGAAUUGAAUCUCCAAUCAACGGCCACGUCUUGAUCAGGAUUUCGUUUGAGUUAUCAUACAGCGAUUGAUUCGAAAGUCGAGGCAUUGGUUGUGUGAAUGUGUGUUGAUUAUUAGAAAACCAAAUCACAGAAGAAGAGCUUCAAUCUCGACGUCUCAUAGCAAUGGAUCGGUUGAGGCAUAGGUAUGCGCCGCUGAAGAGCAAUCAAAACACCUCGAAUUAUGAGGCGCCAUCUUCUCCGGGGACUUCAUCUCCUUUUCUUCAUCACCGUUCAGGCUCAGCUUCAAAUGCAAGAAAACCGCAGAACACGAAAGCCGCUGCUCAGAGGCUUGCGCAGGUUAUGUCGAAUCAAACGGCUGGAGAUGAUGAGGAGGAGGAGGAGGAGGAUCUUUUAUAUGAAUCUGCUUCUGUCAAUCUUUUGGCUGGCGUUGGACUUGCAGGAGGAAGAUCAACUAGAAAUCCCUCUCCAAUGUCAGUUCGUCCAUCCACGGAACAAUCUGCAUCUAUACGUUCAGCGCCAAGGCGGCCCUCUCCAACUCGUUCUUCAUUAGAACAACCUUCAUCUGGUCGCUCAACUUCUGCUACCCGGUCAUCUCAGCAGAGUUCAGUAGACCAAACUCCAUCUGCUCGUUCAUCUUCUGCUACUCGAUCGUCCCAGCUGAGUUCAGUAGAGCAACCUAUAGCUGCUCGUUCAUCUUCUGCUACUCGAUCAUCCCAGUUGAGUUCAGUAGAGCAACCUUCAUCUGCUCGUUCAACUUCAACAAUUCGGUCAUCUCAGUUGAGUUCUUCAGUAGAGCAACCUCCAUCAGCUCGUUCUUCUCAGGCUGCCCGCUCAGUACAAUCCACAAACUCUAUAGAACCGGUGCAGCCUCUAUCUGCUCGUUCUACAUCAGCUAGCCGUCCUAAUUUAGGAGUCAAGGCAGUUCCUUUAGUACCUUCAUCUGUAUCUAUAUCACUCAGGACAGGUGUUUCACAAACUCCUGAGCUUCAAUCUGACAGCCGCAAGGAUAAAAGGUUAUCACUAGACUUGGGAACUUAUAAGCAUAAAGAACCUGCCGCUCGAACAGCUUCUUCUGCUCUCCAUGAUGAGCUUGAUUUGCUUCACGAGGAAAAUGAAAGUUUACUUGAAAAGCUUCGACUUGCAGAAGAGCAUUUUGAGGAAGCAGAAGCCAGGUCUAGGCAACUUGAGAAGCAGGUUGCAAACAUUGGGGAGGGUGUUUCACUAGAUGCUCGUCUCUUAAGCAGGAAGGAGGCUGCUCUACAGCAAAGGGAGGCUGCGCUAAAAGUUGCAACACAAUCUUUCAGUGGAGGUGGAAAAUGUGAUGAGGUUGAAGCCCUUCGAGCAGAGGCUGAGAAUGCAAGGGAUGAAGUAGCAUCUGUUUUUGAGAAACUCAAUCAAGCUGAAUGCAGUGUCAAAUCUUUGCGAAACAUGAUGAAAAGAAUGAUACUCACCCAGGAGGAAAUGGUACAUAUUCCUUAUGACUUUCCCGAGAAACUUACUCUUUUGCAUACUCAUUUGAUUCACAGUUUUCACACUUUAGGAAGAGAUUGUUCUCAAGAGGUGCUGGCUUGCGCGAUACUGGGGCUUAUGUGUCGAUCAUGGUGCAACAUAUUGGCAGGUAUUCAGUCUGAUAUAGCUGCAGCAAAGUAUGAAUACUGGUCAUCCUUUGCCCCUCUUCCACUUGAAAUUGUGUUGGAAGCAGGACAGAAUGCAAAAGAUGAAAAAUCAUUAGUUUAUGAUGAUACGGAGGAAAGGGAUAAACUCCGGCUGGAUGUUGAACUUUCAUCAGAAGGAUGUGUUGAGAGCAUGUUGUUAGUAGAUAGAGGUCUUCGAGAAUUGACAUCCCUCAAGGUUGAGGAAGCAAUAACUCUUUCUAUGGCCCAAAAACGAAGGCCAAGUGCCCUAAAAUCUAGUGCAACAGAUGACUUGAAGCUUCCAAAUGAAGGUCAGGAAUUUGCAGAGACAUUUCAGUUAAGCGAAGAGGAGUCGGAGGAUGUACAGUUUAAACAGGCUUGGCUGUUGUACUUUUGGAGAAGGGCAAAGAACCAUGGAUUGGAAGAAGAUAUUGCAGAAGAGCGAUUGAACUUCUGGAUCAACCAAGGUGAUCAGCCACUCGACUCACAGGAUUCAGUUAACGUGGAGCGCGGUCUUUUGGAGCUCAAGAAACUGGGGAUCGAAGUGCAGUUAUGGCAAGCGUCUCGCAAAGUAAUAGAUCCUGAGACUACCAGCAAAAUGUUGAAGGAUAAUGACUUUUGAGAGUAGGUUGAACUUCCCCUUUCCCCUUUCGUUUCUGCAACUUAUGUGUAAUCUUUAGCACAUUCAUUCAUGUGCUGGGGUUUAUUUAUUAAGUCAUAACAGUCCUUUCGUAGCUAGAUACAUACUACAACACUUCAGUUCUCCCUUUCUUUCAGAAAUAAAUAUAAUAGGGCAAUUUUGUUUUUAAAA